CCUUUAACCGUGGACUUCUCGCAGAUAACGGAGAAAAAUACCGAAAAGUAAAUACAGGGGUGAAUGGAUCCAAACCGGAGAAGAAUAGACAGAUGAACACGACAGAUAUUGCACAAGCUUUGCAAAUAGUAUAUACGGUUGGAAGAACCUGAGGCAAUGGUGCGGUCAAAAUCCCGCACGCACUCAUCGAGAUCACGGUCUAGAUCUCAGUCCAGAUCUCGGUCCAGAACGAGGUCCAGGUCUAGGUCCAGGACGCGAUCGAGGAAGAAGAGGUACAGUUCCCGGUCUCGCUCCAGGUCGUACUCUCGGUCGCGGAGUCGAGAUCGGAACUACCCGCGGGAAUACCGGCGGGAUUACCGUGGCAACCGGGGGAUGAGGCGGCCCUACGGGUUCCGAGGCCGCGGGCGGGGCUUCUACCCGGGGGGCGGGCGCUUCCAGCACCGGGGCGGGUUCCGGCCGAACUGGCACAACCGGCGCUACUCCCACAGCCCCCGGAGGGAGCGCUCACGCUCACGCACCCCCAAACGCAGGUCCCCGUCCCAGCGGUCCCGCAGCCAAUCGAGACGCUCGUCUGGGUCACGUGACUCCUCCGGCUCCUCCUCCUCCUCCUCCCACAGCAGCCCCUCCCCCACCUCCGCCAGGAGGCGGCCCCCCCAGGAGAAGUCUGGGGAGGGUGGAGAGGGGCCGGGGGGAGGGGAGGGGAACGGCGAACGCCCGACGGUUAAGUCCGAGCUGAAAAGGCCCGUCCUCGUCUCCGACGGAUGGGUCGGCAUUUCGGCCUACGAUGACGGUAGCCCAUCCCCUUCCUCCGCCCUUCCUGGCCCAAGCUCCUCCCACCCCGCCUCCUCUGUCCAACCGCACAGCCCUGGCUCCGCCCCCGGGGUGUAUAGCCCCGCCCACAGCGCUCAGGGGCGGAGCCCUGGGCAGGUAUUCUCUGCCCCCACUGGCAGCAGGGGAGGUUUGCGGAACAAGCAGGAUGUGCAAAAAACUGGCAGGUUUUUCAAAAGGUUCGUGGAGGAGGAGGGUGACAGGGGCCCGGCCCUCCAGGACAGGGGGGCGGCCGUGUGGGUCAGCGAGGGGACGAAGGAGAGCUUGCAGGCGAAGGGGGGCUGGGGGGCGGCGGAGGGCGAGAAGGGGGUCAAAACCAAAAAGGAGUCGGUGCCCUUCCUCGGGGACUCUCCGGCACAGCCGGGGGAGGAAGAGGAGGAUGAGGAGGAAGACGAAUCCCAGGCCUACAGGCAGCCGUAUAAGUUCAGGCUGUCCGGCCAAUCGGAGCCCGUGAAGACCUACCUCGGGGAGGCCCAGUGGAUGGCGGAAAACCAGGAGGAAAGUGGGCGGUAUAAGAGUAAGGUUCUGAAGGCGGGGAGGGAGGGGGCGGGGGGUUGCCAGUUUAAAGACCCGGGUUUUGUGCUGAAGAGGGCGGGGGCGGAGGGCCACGCGGAGGAGGGCCCGGGGGCGGACAGGCGCGGCAGGCGUGAGGAUGCCACGCCCACCACCUCGUGGCACGCGAAGGAGCUCGUUACCCAGGGUCCUUUGCUGCAGAAGGUGGUGGACGUGAGGGACGAGGCCGAGGCUCCCGGCCCCGAGGUCAAAGUGAAACUGGGGGCCAAGGCUUUCGACAACGUCAGCUCGGUGGCGAGUGACAGGUCCCUAGCGAGUGUGCUGGCGCAGGCUCAGUGCGGGAGGAGGGAACAUGGCUUCCGCUCCGUGUUUGAGCACAUUAAGAGGCCGCAGGCGCUCAAAAGCUCGGCCGAGUCCUACGUCCUCCACAUCGUGUCCUUGGUCCAUCACGUCAGAGAGCAUUACUUCAAGUCAACAGGAGUGACCCUCCAUGAGCGCUUCACUGUCUAUCAGAAAGCUGCCGUGGAGCAGGAGGCCAGGCACAAAAGCCCUGAGAUCCACAGGAGGAUUGACAUCUCGCCUAGUGCUUUCAAGAAGGUGAGACUCUUUAAAGAAGACGUGAAGGGUGAGCGCAAAUCCAGGAGCGACUCGGUCGAUUUGCGGCACAGCAUCGACCGCAGGCGGAAGGAAAGGAGUCGUGAGGGUGACGACCGCCGGGAUUCCCGGGAUCCCAGUCCGUCCGGGAAACCGGAGAAACCCGGGAAAGAUUUCAAGGACUACAAAGAUUACAAAUCCCUAAAAGAGGAAAGAAAAAGCAAGGAGAGGGAGCGCUCCCGGUCCUCCUCUGGCUCCUCGCUGUCCCGGGACGACAAGGACAGGAGGAGGGCGAUGAAGGAGGAAGAGGAGGGCAAGAGGGACUACCCUGGCUAUCAGGGACCGGGGCUCCGGGCUAGGGGGACUUUUCAGUUCCGUAUCCGCGGCGGUAGGGGACGGGGCAGGGGUGUGUUUGGGGGUCCCGUCCCCGGACCCAGCACACCCAACGUCCCUUUCCCACAGAGACCCAAGGAGGAGGAGUGGGACCCGGAAUACACGCCCCGGAGCAGGAAGUAUUUCCUGCACGAUGACAGGGAUGACGGCAUGGACUAUUGGGCCAAGAGGGGGCGGGGGCGUGGCCUGUUCCAGCGAGGCAGAGGGCGGUUCCCCUUCAAAAAGUCCAACAGCAGCCCGAAGUGGACCCACGACAAAUACCAACGGGAAGGAAACGCAGAAGAGGAGGAGGAGGGGGGCAAGAACGCAGGGAGGGAGGAGAGGAACGAGAAGCACAAGGAGAAGGCGGAGUGAGAGAGCGCGCAGAUUCUUACGGAGUUUAUCGUUUGGCGAUGGACGAUCCUCGCCACCUGCGACGAUCACAUUUGACGGUCGGCCGCGACGACCGGUUAUAGUCAAGCCAUAAAGGACUGUCGGUGACAAUGUAGGGUAGAUCGGGGUCUGUUGUUACACGGGGUCGAUUGUUACGCAAUGUUUUUUUUUUUCUGACCGCGAAAUGGACAGGAAACUGAUCUGUUGAAAUCCGAGGUGAAAGAGAACGUGUAUGGGGGUGAUUUACUGCAGGAUAGCUGGUCCCUGAUCGGGCAAAAAAACCCAAAAACAUUGGGUAUUAAUGGACCCCUGUGUCACAACAGACCCCGAUCUCCCCUAAUGAUGUCCUUCAGCCACCCAUACAUCGCUUCACUAUAAACAGGCCUUGAAUUCCAGCGCUCAACAUGAUGCCUCCAUUCCAACUGCCCCCAGGGUCCAAAAACAAAGGACUUUGGUGUAGUAAGCUACAGAAUAGAUGGGCCAUGAUCUUCAACUGUGGAAACGUUUUAAGCAUAAACAGCCACUUAGAAGCAAAGUGAACUUAACUCUAGUAUUAAUACAGUAUUGCUGUUAAUUCCGAUUUCUUUUAACUUGAUUCACAUUGUGAAAAAAACCCCUGAUGAAAUGAGUUGAUGGGCACCUAACCCUGAACUUCACAGUCAGGAACAUUACGUUAUGCUUAUGAACUUUGCUUUCACCCUUCAAAUGUUUAUCUUACUCUGUCGAUUUUUCAUUUAGCUUUAAUAUACAAGUACAGACCUGCUACCUGACCUAAGAACUUCAUCCAAGCGAGGUGUGAUUUGGUCUUGCCGUGUGAUGAACCAAAGCAACAGAGAGGGUUAUAGUAUUUUCAGUCAAGAGCUUAGAGACUUCACAGAGAAGUCGGUCAUUUGCUGCUUGUUAGAGAUGUCACUUUGUGUUGAGUAUUGGCCUAAGUUCAAUAAAGUUUGUUUAAGGUCAGGGCAGAAUGUGUAGGCUUUGGAAGUACUGUACAUUACUGUUAAUGUAGGAACAUUCAUUUGAUUAAACAUUUCAUUCUGAACAA